CGGUCAUCCACUUCAGAUAAUUCUUGUAAUCGCUUUUUUGCACUGGCAACCCGUUCAAACACAAUCAAGCCACGAAACUCUUCAGCAGAGAGACAUUGGAUGCGAAGAAGGAUUUUAUCCAGAGAAGGUUAGAAAGCAACGGCUAUCCGGCUAUUUGAAUCAAGAUGAAUUCGAUUGUCCGCUAUCCCAAUAAGUGUAUGAGGACUGUCAUCAAGUCUAUUUCUGCCAGUUCCUUUCAAGGGAGACGUCUGUUCGAGCUAGUUUACAGAAAGGUGUCGAUCGCAGCCAGAGUUCCCAUUCGCAUUGAAACAGUCGCUCUCAUUACGCAACGCCUUAAACAUAGGCUUCCGGUGGAGUCCAACUCCUGUGUUGUAUAUCAGUCCACCUGUACCUGUGUUGCUAUUUUUAUUAGACAUACGAGCAGACGUCUAUCGAAGGAACUUGCUGAGCAUUGCUCCGCAUCAUUGCAGCAUGGUACGGUAAAGAAUAUGCACAGCUCCAUCUCAAAACACCUACUUAACGUCGGCCAACAAAUAAGAGCUUAGAACACUUUUAAUGUUUUCUUUGUUGUGCCGAAG